CAAAUUUUCUCUGCCACCAUCUUCUCUCCCCGGUUCUGCUUGAUAUUUCAGUUCGUGCUCUUUCAAUCAAAAACCCAAGGAAAAUACAAGAAAACUUUCUCUCCAUUCCUGUUCUCUCAGUUCUCGUCUUAUUCGUUUUCACUUUUGGUAAGCCAAUGGCAGAAUCUAUAAUCAAAGAGGGAGAAAAAGAAGGAGAAAUAGAAAAUCACGCGGAAGCUGAGGCUUCAGGUUCAGCUAUGGAGAAGGGAAUGAGUAGGAAAGAGAAGAGGAAGGCAUUGAAGAAGAUGAAGAGAAAGCAGGCGAGAAGAGAAAUUGCUGCAACGGAGCGAGAUGAAGAGGAAGCGAGGCUUAACGAUCCGGAGGAGCAGAUGAGGAUCAGAUUGAUGGAGCAGGAAGAGGUGGAGAGGUCCGAGAGAGAGAGAAAGGAGUUCGAGUUGAGAGAAAAGGCUUGGCUCGAGGCCAUGGAAUUGAAGAAGAAGAAAGUGAUCGAACAAGAAGAAGAAGAAGAAGAAGAGAGAAAGCGGAAGGCUCUCGAUCAAGAAUCUCGGAGAGAACAGGUUGAAAAUGCAAAUGAGGGCAAUGAGAGUGAUGACUGGGAUUAUGUAGAAGAUGGACCGGCAGAGAUUAUCUGGCAAGGAAAUGAGAUAAUUUUCAAGAAGAAAAAGAUCCGGGUUCCGAAGAAGAAGGAACCUGAAGAAUUAGAUAAAAAAGUGGAUGCUAAUAGACCUGCGUCAAAUCCUCUUCCUCCGGAGUCUGAAGCUUUUCCUGAGUACAGAAAUUCCUUGGUUUCAGCACAGGAUUUGAUUGAUAGUGUUGCUCAACAAGUGCCAAAUUUUGGAACCGAACAGGAUAAAGCUCAUUGUCCUUUCCAUUUAAAAACUGGAGCUUGUCGGUUUGGCCAGCGCUGCAGCAGAGUUCAUUUCUAUCCAGACAAAUCCUGCACUUUGCUUAUCAAGAACAUGUACAAUGGACCUGGCCUUGCUUGGGAGCAGGAUGAGGGGCUUGAGCAUACUGAUGAGGAGAUCGAACGAUGCUAUGAAGAAUUUUAUGAGGAUGUCCACACAGAAUUCUUGAAAUUUGGGGAAAUUGUGAAUUUCAAGGUGUGUAGAAAUGGGUCAUCCCACCUGCGAGGAAAUGUGUAUGUGCACUUUAAGUCAUUGGAUUCUGCUGUUCUUGCACAUCAUUAUAUCAACGGUCGCUUCUUUGCCGGAAAACAGAUAAAUUGUGAAUUUGUCAACAUAACCAGAUGGAAGGUUGCAAUAUGUGGAGAGUAUAUGAAGUCAAGGUUCAAGACAUGUUCCCGUGGGAUGGCUUGCAAUUUCAUCCACUGUUUUCGCAAUCCUGGAGGAGACUAUGAAUGGGCAGAUAGCGAUAAACCACCUCCAAGAUAUUGGUUUAGAAAGAUGGCUUUUUUAUUCGGAUAUUGUGAUGAAUCUGCAUGUGAGAGACACAGGGUGCCAGAGAACUUGGAUCAGCCAAAUAGAUCUCGCAAGAUAUCGACAGCUGAUGCUGACAGGCACCGGUCAAGAAGAUCUGGAUCCAGAGAGACAGGUCACUUGCAACAUAGUGGUUCAGGUAGAAGAAGGAACCCUGAUGAUUAUGUUCAGAGGAAAGCAGAUCAACUUAGGUGCACAACCAGUGGUAUAGAGGAAAUCGGUUCUUUCAAUGAGGAUGUACGCGAAGAGAGUAUGCGCUCAAAAUUAAGUCAUCACCGGAAGAGAAAACAUCAUACUGAUACUGAAGACUCAUAUGAUGAUGGUGGACAAAUAAGCGGAGAUGAAUAUUAUGAUUACACAAGGAAAAGAUCAAGAAAGAACAGCGAUAAUAAGAACACCCCUGAAUCUGAUUUUGAUGGAGAUUGGUUUGCUAGGGAGAGAGAGAAGGAAAGGCACCGUGGUGGUACCAGGAAAAGCUCGAAAUAUCACAGGAAAACAGAAAAGCUGGAUGAUUAUGGAGAUCAUGAGAGUAGAGAUCAUGAAGUUAAUGAAGAUAUGAGAAACAAAGGCAGAGACAGUGAAGCAUACCAUGGUAGCAGUUCAAGAAGAAGCCAUAAGAAAGCUGGAUAUCCUGGUGACCAUCGGGACAGCAAGAACAGGAGUCAUGAUGCUGAUAGGGAGAUGUUGGAUAAGGACAGUGAUGGUAAUAGGCACUGUAGCAGGGGGAAGAGCUCGGGACUGCACAGAAAAGUUGAAAAAUUCUGGGAUGACCAUGACAGAAACGGAAAUAGAGAUGAGUGGUUAGACAUCGAUGAAGCUAGGAACGGUAGUUGUAUCAGGGGACAUUUGGAUGAAGCAUUGGCCUUUUCAGAUGACGGUGAACCCGCAAAAAGGUUAAAAGAUGGGAGGGGUCAUUCAAGCAGAGAUAUCAGCAAAGCAGAUUCGUGUGAUGAGAAUCUAAGAUCAGAUAGGAGCCGUGAUUCAAGCUGUUCGAGUCAAUGUGAGGAGAGAUUUGAUUCAAGAUACAAUUUCGAUGUACAAAUUGAAAAAAGGGAUCGUUGGGAUCCUGAACAGCAUUCCUAUGAGAGGCGACACAAAUCUAGUGGGAAGGAUUCUAAUUCUGAAUAUGAUUCAGUCAUACUAUUCCAGUAAAGCAAGAGAUGAUUAUCCUGCAAAAUCUGAAGAGACUGCGUUAAAACAUCAUAAAUCUAAAAGAAAGUCCGAUCGCAGAUCAAGGAGCAGCUGUAAAUUAAGCCAUAGAAGACACCGAAAUAGCUCGGAUGGGAGGGAUUAUUCUGAGGAUGACAAAGAAUCUAAAAGAAAAUGCAGUAGAAGUCGGACUGAUUGACGAUCUAGUUUAUCAUAAACGUGAUGAGAGAGAUAUUAAACCAGGUCACAUUUGAAAAUUCUUUGUAAGAGGAUUAUGAACAUGAAGAAGAAUCAAUUUUCUGGCGCACUGUUGUUAUAUAUACGGAAAUGUGUACGGAAAUCGCUCUACAAUUGG